AUGUCGCCUCGAGCCUAUUCGGCAUGUCUGUGUACUACUGCAUUGUCCAUGCUGGUGCCCUUGCUACUACUGGUCCUAUCCGCCCUCACGAUGGCUCAUGCAGAGACGAGGGGAAGGGGCUACGAUGGUGACACUAUUAUAACGGCUAAGCUGUUCGGGCAUAUAGACCAGUAUGCUUACUGGUUCAUAGACCUACUGGUGGGUACUCCACAACAGCGAACGAGUCUUAUCGUUGAUACUGGUGGGUCGGCCCUGUUGGUAUGCGUCUGUACUGUUGCUUGA